UUCAAUUAGCAGCCAAAUAAUAAUGAAAACAAAUCAAGAAAUGGAUGAAAAAAAUAAUUAAGAGAAAAAUAUACAAAAAACGAGAGUACAAAAUAGCAGCAACAACAAUGGCAGCCAAAUGAGGAAAAUCACUUUAAAUCAAGUAAAACUAUCAGGAUAAGCAGCCACACUACACACACACACACACACACACAACCACUGGACCAUCUAUUAGAUAUCCUUAAAAAAAAGGAGAGCAACAAAUUUUAGCUGUAGUCAAAAUGCAUGGACAUCAUCACAAUCAUCAGCAGCAGCAGCAACAGCAGCAGCAGCAGCAGCAGCUACACCAACAGACAGGAGCUGCAGCUGCCAACAAUAUGAAGGCAGCGUCACAUCAUCAUCAUUCUCAUGUGCAUACCCAUCCACAUCCGCAUCACAAACUGUCGACGAGAAGAGCUGCGCGCAGUCGCAGUCGUAGUCGGAGUCCAACGCCCGAUGGCAGCCAGGAUUACGAUGUGACGCGUAUGCGGGAGGAGGACUUUGAGCGUCUGGCCGUCUACCUAGUGCCGGAUGUGCAGGCGGAGCGGGGACUGCCCAAUCGGGCGGACAAGACGCUGCCGCGGAGUCUGACACUCAAGUCAUCGAUGGUCUACUCAACGCCAAAUGUUAAGACUGAAGGAGUUUGGAGCAGUGGGGUCAUACCACGCGGCACACGCUUUGGCCCCUUCGAAGGCAUUCCAACCUCAAACUAUCCCAAUGAUAAAAAUAAGGCGAGAUAUUUUUGGAGGGUGCAGGGAACACGCCACAUAUCCUAUGGGAUUAUUAAGAUCUUCAAGGACGAUGACUAUUACUAUCUGGAUGGCUCGGAUCGUUCGCAGUCCAAUUGGAUGCGCUAUGUGGCCUCUGCGUAUAGUUUGUCCGUCAUGAAUCUGGUAGCGUGCCAGCAUCAGGAGAACAUUUACUUCUACACCACCCGCGACAUCCUGCCGAACGAGGAGCUGAUGGUCUGGUACUGCAAGGACUUUGCCAGUCGCCUCGGCUACGAUGUGGAUCCGGAGCGGACCAUUUUUGGUGCCUGCAAGCAGUCCAGCGUCGAGGAGGAACUCGAGGAGGAUGCGGAGGAGGUGCUGGAGGACCAGAACGAGGACCACGAUCACGCUCACGCUCACGAUGUGAUGCCGCCGCACAAGAAACCGCACUACUCCAUGCCCGCCCCCGAAAUACCCGCCGAGGUGGCCGUCAGCCACAUCACCUAUGUGAUGGGUCUGCAUCUGCCGGCAGCGCCAGGAGCACCAACGGGAGCAGCCACCGCACAGGAAACUCUGCCGCCUGCCCCAACGCCAAGUGGUACGGGUCCUAAUUCUGGGUCCUGCUGUCGUCGCGCCAGUCCGCCCGCCCACGUGUCCACCACGUCAUGUGGCGGCGCCCAUCAUCCGCACAUCAUUCAGCACGGACGUCAUGCAUCCGUGAUCAUUGGCCAGGAUCGUUCUCCGCUGGCCAGCAGCAGCGACAAGGACACCGCGGGCUCGCCUCUGUCUGGGUUGGACCACCAGCUGGUGCCGCAGGAUGGCAGCGUGCGAUCGGUGCGCUCCGAUGAGGGUUACCACAGCAACGAGUGCCACGAGGAUGGCCUCACGCCACCCGAGGACUCCAGCGACAGCGAGAGCGAGCACAACUACGUGCUCGACUGCUCCAAGAAGGCAAUUGCGCCCAAGGAGACGGUGAUUGCCCAGGCCCAGAAGCCGCAGAGCAGCUCUCCGCCCACGGUGGGCGUCACUGCCAGCAUCAUUCACAGUCCGCAGGCCAUGGCCAGCAUGGCUGCGACGCCCAUGUCCUGCGAGGCGGACAAGAACGAGUACAGGAAGUUCAAGGUGAAGAUGCCGCUGAAGUACGAGUUCAAGAACAAAAGCUGCGUCAAGCAGGAGCCCAUCCACAAGGAUGUGGACGAGCAGAUGUCGCAUGCCCUGCCGCAUGGCGUGGACGAGGAGGAGGAGCUGCACGCACAUCUCCACGCGAAUGUGGCACACCCGGAGGACGCGGCCUGCCCGCCCAGCACCACCACCCACCACCUGGGGGAUGAGCAUUUGAUGCAUUUGGAGAGGGAGCGCGAGAGGGACAGGGAAAGGGAAAGGGAAAGGGAGCGAGAGCGGGACAGAGAGCAAUCCAAUCAGCAACCCGCCUCCUCCACGGUGAUCGUUCUCGAGCACAACUCUGACGGACAGACGCGCACGAUUGUGCCCCUGAGCAAACCCUACUACGAGGCAGAUCCACCAGGAGAGCGUUAUGUGCGCUUCGGGCAGCCCUCCUCCAGCAUACUCGAGACGAUACUGACGAGCCAGCACCGGCUGGAGGCGGCUGCUGCAGCGGCCAAUGCCUGUCGGCAGGCGAACGCUGCCACACCGCCACCCACAUCGCCCACAGAGAUGGCCUACAGCUACAAGAAGUCGCAGCGAUACGGCAACGCAGUGAGUCCGGACUCCAGCUCGAAUCUGGGACAGCCGCAGGAGCAGCUCUCUGCCGCUGGAGUGGGUGUGGGUGUGGGUGUGGGUGUGGGCGAGCAGGAGCUGGUGCAGCGGGUGGCCCUCAUCAAGGGCGAGUGCUCGCCGCCGCCGCCUUCGCAUCAUCACCACAACGUGAUCUUCUCGCCCUCGCGACACGUCUCGUACAUGGGUCAGGGAGAGGGUGGCGGCGGUCACGGCGGCCACUCGCCGAGUCCCAGCUAUCCGGGGUAUCCCCAUCAUUAUGGGAGUGCGGCCACCUCCACCUUCCACUCGCCGCCACACAGCUCCCAUUCUCCCUUCGAUCGUCAGUCGAACGCGUCGAGCGGCGGAGGAUCUGCCUCGAAUUUGCAUCUGCUGCAGAGCAGCACACAGAUGCUGAACCAUCCGCUGAUGCAGCCACUGACCCCGCUGCAGCGUCUCUCCCCGCUGCGCAUCUCCCCGCCCAGCAGCCUCAGUCCCGAUGGCAACUCCUGUCCGCGCAGCGGCUCCCCCCUGAGUCCCAACUCCCUGGCCUCGCGCGGCUACCGCUCGCUGCCGUAUCCCCUGAAGAAGAAGGACGGCAAAAUGCACUACGAGUGCAAUGUGUGCUGCAAGACCUUUGGCCAGCUGAGCAACCUGAAGGUGCAUCUGCGCACCCAUUCGGGUGAGCGGCCGUUCAAGUGCAACGUCUGCACGAAGAGCUUCACCCAGCUGGCGCACCUGCAGAAGCAUCAUCUGGUGCACACGGGCGAGAAGCCGCAUCAGUGUGACAUCUGCAAGAAACGCUUCUCGAGCACCUCCAACCUGAAGACCCAUCUGCGGCUACACAGCGGCCAGAAGCCCUACGCCUGCGAUCUCUGUCCGCAGAAGUUUACGCAAUUUGUGCAUCUGAAGCUGCACAAGCGGCUGCACACCAACGAUCGCCCGUAUGUGUGCCAGGGCUGUGACAAGAAGUACAUCAGUGCCUCGGGGCUGCGCACCCACUGGAAGACGACCAGCUGCAAGCCCAACAAUCUGGAGGAGGAGCUGGCCAUGGCAGCGGCAGCCACAUCCGAGUGUUUGGACAAGGAUCACCCUGAGCCGGAUAGCCGUGAGGCUUACGAGCAGCUGCAGCAGCAUAUGGUACAUCCCGGUCUGAGGCACUCUCCACCUCGUCUCAUUCCGUUGGGUAAUCACAUGCAGGGAGCCGGACAGCAUCAGCAGCAGCCACCACCGCCGCCGCACAUGAUGCUGGGUCCAGCACCAAUGCUGUUGACCACGGCCAGCCAGCUGCCACCACCGCCGCCACAUCAUCUGCAGCAGCAGCAGCAGCAGGGAUCUCCCAGUCAACGUCCGACGCCUCCACACCUGCAUCAGCAUCCGCAUCCGCACUCACAUCCACAUCCACAUCCGCAACAGCAACACUCGCCGCAGGGCGGCAGCCUUAAAGGAUUGAAGCCGCUGCCCGACAACGGCGGAGUCUACAUGCAUGCGCCCCAUGUGCAGGCCCAAGAGAACCGACCCUCGGUCAUAGAGUCCUCGAAUCAGCCCAUGAUCAUUGAGUGCACGUAGGGUGGGAGGGAAGAUCUACCCCAAAGGGGGUGGAGAGGAGAAGUGAUGGAAUCCAAGUGCAAUAAAAUCAAAUAGAGUUUAAGAGCAUCCCCCACAACUGACAGAACAUAAAGCGACAGAGCAGCACAAUGUAAACGUAAUGGUAUUAUUAUAUAAGUUGUAUAUAGAACCCCCCCGCCCCUUCCCUCUGCCCCUUUCCCGACCUAAAAAUUGAAAAUUGAAAACUCAAAACUCAUUUCGCGCUAUGAACACCAGAUCUCACCAAUUGGCAAAGAAAAGUAAAACAAAUCGUGUAGUUGUCCUUCCCUUCCCCAUGAAUUCUUCUCCCUCUCAGAGAGCUAAAGGCAUAUUAUUUUUGAUAAAUAUUUUAUAUACACCACAAGGAAAACAACACACACCACAAUAUAUACAUACAUCUAAUUGGAUUGUUGUUAAUCGAGAGAAUAAAAUGGAGCUAAAGAAAGAUCGGUCCCAGACAGAAAAAAGGAAGAGCUAAAAUACUUUGAAUGAGAAAAUGCAUUUACAGAAUUGUACUUUUUCCAUUUGAUUUUCCCAUUGUUUAACUCUCUGUUUUCGAUUGUUUGUUGAGGCGCGCACCUUAAACGAUAAAUCCAUAUGCUAAAUAGCUCAUUAAACGUACAUAUACCAGUUAGAUAUAGAUGCAUAACCGUACAUACAUACAUACAUACAUAUACAUAAAACAUACACAUAGAUUCAAGUUGCCUUAUUUGAAUUUCGUUAGCACUGAAAAAAAGGAGAAACCAUUCAGAACAGAUCUGA